AUGGAUUUCCUGGAUGUGCCUCGGUCAUUGAUUAGUGAGGAGACGUUCAACUACUCGUUGCCCAGGGCUUGCUUUGUGUGCAAUGCAGAUUUUGAGCUUGUUAAAGAAUUUGACAGGAACAAGCUCACCCUCGAGAAGGUUGAUUUUGGAAAGUUACUGAAGACGGACAAGCAAUGUGAGGGUCAGAAUCAACAUCAUCCGGCAAAUAUCACUAAUAGAGCUGACAAAGCCAACACUCAAGUCAGUGUUGAGGGUGAUUUAGGUGCUAAGUUUCGCGUCUCUCUGGAUGAGUGGCUGCAGCCGCUCCCUUCCUGCCAAGAGUUAGAGAUACCUUUGCACUUGAAGCCUAUAUAUGAGAAGCACAAAAAUCUCUAUACGGCAGAGUUGAAGAAUGUUGUUACCUCUUUUGGGCAGGUCCUGCAGUCAACUUUCUGCAAGCGGUUGGGUCUCAUGUUGAUGGAAGCGCACUCCAAUGCAGUGUCAAACCAUGAGCACAGGAGUGAAGGUUUUGUCGCCCCAAGAGUCAUUGCAACAAGCAGUGUCGAGCGCACGGGAGCGGUGACUUUUGGCACCCCAACAGCCACUGCAGCAGGCAUUGCUAUGCACUCUUCCAAGUGUCCAUUAUCGGAUCCUGAUUCCCGGGCAGAAGCAGGUGCUGAUGAUCAGAACAAGGCACAACCUGGUGGUGUAGUCGCUGCUCCCAAAGUAGUGGAGACCGGUGCAUUAGGUGAGAAGGUUGGGGUGGAAGCGGAACAGGGGGCGGGUCAAAGCACAAGCAUUGCUAAGCGUUCCAGGGCUGCUGCGUUGCAACAAGGUGAGAGUAGCAAUCAUUCUCAUGGGAAGGAUUGUGUGGAGCAGGAGGAAGUUAUACAUCAGGGCGGAAAGGUGACUCCCAAAGAUGCUUGCAACAUGGAUCCUUCGGGAGCUUCUGAUAAGGUUGAAACACCAGUUCUUUCCCAGGGCACCGUGCAGGCAAUGAUGGUAAUUGCCUUGGAGUGGGAAGAUGGCCCAUCUUGUGCUCUUUUCUCGGAGGGGACCGAAGACUAUGAGUGGAUGAAUCAAAAAGUAGGCAUACUAGUCAAGCAUGUGCAAACACCAAAUGCUUCUAGCUCUGAUGUGCAGAAUUCAAUCCCAUCAGUGCCAAACUUUGACAACACUCCUCAAGUUGAAAGGCCUAGCAACCUCCCAACCGCAACAUUUGACACAGCUCCAAAGCUCCCUAGGGCAAACGACAUUCCGGGGCCUGUGUUUGAUGUGUCCCCCAUCUCAUUCAAAAAUGCUUCCUCUGAUGGACCUCAAGUAGUAGUGGAUUUGCACGAGACAAUCGAGGCGAAUGUUGCGGUUAGGGGUGAGUCCAACAGUCUUGGUAAACAGUCAAAGAAGAAAAGGGUGGCUGUCUCCCCAGACAAUGUGCCAACGAUGAAGAAGAUUAAGGUUGAUGCACACGGUAAUGACCAGAUACAAGACAAGAAAACCAAAGAAAAACGAGCUUCUGCCCGACUUCAUUGAAAUAGAUGGCUUCCAUACAUCUCUCGAGAAUUUUCAUGCAUCUCUAAAGCCAAGAGCGGAGAUUGACAAUGAGGUCAUGACCUUAUACCUGAAGACAUUCAACUAUGAUCAGUCAGUGAAGAAGAAGAAGCCAAAAAAAAUUGUUUUCUCAGUGUUGAUGAGUUUGAAACUCAGUGCUGAGCCAGAUGUGUUUGAUCCGAAGGUGUGCGAAAAAGAAUUUAAGAAUGCUUGCUUACAAAAUCACAUUUCAAAAUCUGACCUGCUAUUCUUCAUGGUUGUACACAAAAAGCACUGGGCAGUAGUAGUUGUUAACAUCACCCAAAAGGAGUUCAAUAUCUUUGACUCCAUUAGGAACUCGGAAGACCUUUUUGAGAUGGACAGGAUCACUAAGAAUGUGGUUUGAUCAGGUCGCAAACAUCAAGAGUGUUGCAAUGAGGGAGCCACUUUUUAAGCACAAUCUUGAGUCUUACUCGCUAUUCACCCCACUUGAUUACCCUCAAUAAAAAACUUACUAUAACUGUGGCUACUAUAGUAUUUUAUACGUGGAGAAUUGGGAUGGCCUUGCUAUGCUGUCAUUUGGCGAGGAUUACAUCCCAAACCUUCAGAAACGCAUUGCAGCAGAUCUGUUGAGACACCCAAGCAACAAGUUGGACCCCGCGCAUCAGCUGAAGCUGCUUCUUCAGCGUUAGAUGGGGGUUUUCGAGCUUCUGCAACAGGAGGAGUCAUGGCGGCGGAGGCCUAGUACUGCUGGCGCGAGUUUUUGUAGCUAGCUAGAGUGUAGUUGGGAGCAUGUUCUUGUAGCCAGCUCGAGUGUAGUUGAGAGCUUGUUCUUCUAGCCAGCUCAACUGAACUUUUUUCACAAUGCAACUCUGAAUGAAGCACAGGAAUGUUUCAGUGUGCGACUGUAUGAAGGAUUUGUUUUUUGUGAAGCCUAUUCAAGAUUGUUUGUCAGCUUGUGCAAGGAUUAUUUGUUUUUUACUUGCCUUUUCAAGAAGAU